GGUGAUGAUGAACCCACCCCCACCGAACUGUCUUUCGUUUUCUUUGAAACUCGGAAUGAAAAAGAGAAAUCAAACACAACUAUAAUUACUAUUACAGUUUCGCACCUCUCUCUGUCUCUCUCUAAGAACAUGGCACUUGCACAUAAAUUUCUCCUUCUCUUCUCUGGUUUUUCAGUUUCUGUGGGCUUUGGUGGGUUUGGUCUUGUCUGAACUUCCGCCAGAGCGUUGCUUUUUUGUUUGUUUUCUGUUUAAAUACUUUGUCUCGGCAAAUAGUUGUGUGAGAUUGUGGGCUUUUAAGGGAAGUUUGCAAGAAAUAAAUGGGAGCUGAAGAGGAGUCGUCUGUUGGCGUGGGAAAUAAUGGGGGUGCUUGCAACAACACGCUUGAUCCUCCAAUUCAAAAGGUUGGAAUUUCAUCUGAAAUAAUGGAGGAAACCCCUCGUGGUCAACAGCAGAGGCACCAAAACCUCAUCUUAGAGAUACCCUCAAGGACUCAUGAGGGCUCUACUGAGGAUUUUGUGAGAAUAAACAUGCCGCCAACACCAAAUAGCACUCCCAAAAGAGUAAAUUUUUCGCCAAUGCCUAGUCCUAGUUAUACCAAAAUCAAUGUGUCCCCGGGUCCAUCACCAUCUAAGGGUAGGUCAUCCAUCAAAAGCCUACUUCCAAAACUAAGUUUCAAAUACCGGAGUUCUACUUCUGAGAUUGAGAAAGCUGCCAUUCUUGCACUUGGAGCUUCUUCAACAGGGACACAAGAGAAGCCUCUAACCCCAAGGACAUCGUCUCUUACAAAACUUUUCACACCCAAAAUGAAGAGGACAUCGUCUUUACCGGUGUCCCCAAUUGCUCACUCAAAUCCAGAGUCUAUGCAUGGGGGAAACACAAUUGAUCUGCUGGAUUCUGCUAAAGGAGGAUCACUGCUACCUAUUCAUCGUUCACAUUCAGUCCCUGUGAUUAACAAAGAAGAAAGCAUAAGGCAGAUGGAUUCUUUAGGUGGUGUAUUUCGUGUAGUUCCUACUACUCCAAGAGUGGCAGAAGUGACUGUUGCAACAGCAAUUGCUAGUCCAACAGUUGAUGCUGGUGGAAAUGAUGAUGAUGGUGAAGAUAUUCCUGAAGAAGAAGCGGUUUGUAGAAUCUGCAUGAUCGAACUGGGGGAAGGUGCUGAUACCCUUAAGAUGGAAUGUAGCUGCAAGGGUGAACUUGCACUUGCACACCAAGAAUGUGCUGUAAAAUGGUUUAGCAUCAAAGGUAACAAAACAUGCGAUGUCUGCAAGCAGGAGGUCCAGAACCUACCUGUCACUCUUUUACGAAUUCAAAAUGCCCAGGCACUUAACUUGCAAGGAAAUAGAGGUGGGCAAGCUGAGGCUACUGGAUAUAGGGUUUGGCAGGAUGUUCCUGUUCUUGUCAUUGUCAGCAUGCUUGCUUACUUUUGUUUUCUUGAGCAGCUUCUGGUUAGGAAAAUGGGUUCUAGUGCGAUUGCCAUCUCUCUCCCAUUUUCCUGCAUAUUGGGCCUUCUUGCAUCCAUGACAUCAACAACAUUGGUAAGAAGAAGGUAUGUCUGGGUCUAUGCGAGUAUUCAAUUUGGACUGGUGGUUUUCUUUGCACAUAUUUUCUAUUCACUGUUUCAUGUGCAGGCCGUAUUAUCUGUCCUCCUUGCCACAUUUGCUGGAUUCGGAGUUACUAUGUGCGGGAACUCCUUUGUUGUUGAGUUUUUAAAAUGGAGGAGAAGGUGGCUGGCUGGGUCAGAUCAACAGCACAGUUCUCAGGAGGUGACACAGAUGGAUGGAUCAUCUGGAACUGCAAAUCCACCACAAACAGGUUCUCCACACCAUGAAACUGAAAUGGGAAAUUCUGGGAAUCCACGGGGAAGCUGAAUUGGUUUUUUGUUUCCCUUUUUUGUUUUCUUUUUCAUGAUGAGUUAGCAGCAUCAGGACAAUGAGGGUUCUGACUGUAUAUAAACUGUAUCCAUGUAAAUAUUAUAUGUCAGAAUUUUAUGUUUCUGAAGCCCCCUAUUUGCAAAAUUGCCAGUGGAUCUAAUACAUUUGCAUUUUAUGUUAAUAACAUUGCAUGGGUUCAAGGCCA